UUUAAUUUUUUGGUUAAAGUAUCAGUUUUUACGCCACCCAGUAGGUGGCGGCAAUGGACAUUUUAGGAUGUAGUCUGUAAACCUUAAAGAAGAAGAAGCCCAUAGACGACAGUCUCAAGAUAAAUGUUUCUUCAAAAUGUCGAAACAACAGUUGUUGACUGUGUUUAUAGCCAAGCGAUUAAUAUCGGCAGCCGUGAACAUAUUUGGGAUAGAGGAAAGGUGGAUAGCCCAGUACCAGGAGCCACUAGCAGCAGUGACUGUUGAGAUAAUGGCGGCGGUGGAAACGACGAUUGAACAAGAGCUCUCUAGUUCAAAGCAGGAGAUUGAACGUCUACGGAGGCUUCUUCUGGAGUUGGGAGCAGACCCCCAGCAGCUAACUGUCCCUGAAGAGGAGGUUCCCCCUGAGCAGCAGCACUGUGAGCAGGAGUGGAGCCCCAGUCUGGGGCAGCAGGACACAGAGCCCACACAGAUUAAAGAGGAACAGGAGGAACUCGGGACGAGUCCGGAGGAACUCGGGACGAGUCCGGAGGAACUCGGGACGAGUCAGGAGGAACUCGGGACGAGUCAGGAGGAACUCGGGACGAGUCAGGAGGAAGAGCAGCUUCACAGACUUGAGUCUGAUUCCACAGAUGUUGUAGAGUUCAUAUUUACUGCUCCUCCCUGUGUGGAAAAGUACUCUGAUCGGGACAGAGAGAGAGAGAGGGACUCUCUACCCACCAACACAACUGAACAGAUCCAAACAGAACCUAAUGGAGAGGACUACAGAGUAUCAGAACCAACCAGUGACUCUCUGCUCCUCUCUGCAGUAAAUCCACACUGUUCUGCAGCUCACAGUGAAAUCAUUGUAAGUGUGGAUGAGGAUGAGAGCGAGGAACCGGUGUUAAAAACCCUCAAAUCAAGGAGGACACAGGCAGAGAAACGACAAAGCUCUCAAGUCUGCACUGAGGCCAAGACACCCAGUGAGCUGAAAGAACCAUUAAAGUCUCACGCAAAUAAGAAACCGUUCAAAUGUCCUGUGUGCAGUAAACGCUAUCAGACACGAGGCGGUUUAAAAACGCAUCAGAGGAUUCACUCAACUGAAAAUAAUCAUCACUGCAAGAAAUGUGGCAAAUCAUUUAACUUGUUGCAACAAUGGAAGAAACAUAUGAAGAAUCACACAGAGGAGGAAUCACCGACGUGUCACGUGUGCAGUAAAAGUUUUAAACUACCAAACCAUCUGAAAACUCAUAUGAGAUGCCACACGGGAGAGAAAUCCAGUCAGUGUCCGACAUGUGAAAAACACUUUAAAUCAGCGAAAGAGCUCGAGAUUCACCAGAGAAUUCACACGGGAGAGAAACCAUAUCGAUGUCCGACAUGUGAAAAACACUUUAAAUCAGCGAAAGACCUAAAGAAACACCAGAGAAUUCACAUUGAAGAUCAACUGUACCAGUGUCCAACAUGUGAAAAACACUUUAAAUCAAAGUACAACCUUAAACACCACAAGAAAAUUCACACAGAAGAGAAAUCGUAUCGCUGCAAUGAUUGUGUCAAGUGCUACAGGACAAAGACGGGCUUAGAAGAGCACGUGAGGACUCACACAGGGGAGAAACCUUUUAAGUGUUCGGUGUGUGAAAAGUGCUUUACUUCAACAACCAUUCUAAGACGCCACGAGAGAACUCACAGUGGAGAGAAACCGCACGGAUGCACACAAUGCAACAAACGCUUCCCUGUCAAGUCAGACCUGGUUAAACACAUGAGAACGCACACAGGGGAGAAACCGUUUAGCUGUAAAGAAUGUGACAAAUGUUUCAGUCAUAACAUUAGCCUGAGACUGCACAUGAGAACUCACACAGGGGUGAAACCGUACAGCUGCAAAGAAUGUGGCAAAUGUUUUUCUGUUAACAGUAACCUGAGAACGCACAUGAAAAUUCACACAGGAGAGAAAUCGUUUUGUUGCCAAGAAUGUGGUAAAUGUUUCCGGCAUAAAAUUAGCCUGAGACUGCACAUGAUGACUCACAGUGGUGGAGAGAAUCUUCACGGAUGUUCUCAAUGCAACAAACGGUUCCCCAUCAAAUCUCUCCUGGUUAAACACAUGAUGACACACACAGGGGAGAAAUCUAAUAGCUGCAAAGCCUGUGGCAAAUGUUUCCUUCAUAACAUUAGCCUGAGACUGCACAUGAGAAUGCACACAGGGGAGAAAUCAUAUACCUGCAAAGCGUGUGGCAAAUGUUUCCAAAACAAGAUGGUUCUGACGAGGCAUAUGAGAACUCACAGAGGAGAGAAUCCAUAUAAAUGUCCUCUUUGUGUCAGUUCCCUUAUGUCAUCAAAUGAACUAAAACAUAUCUACUUGGGAGAGAAACCAGAGACCGACCAACCAGAGACUCCAUCGUGCCUCUGCAGCGAUUGUGGCAAACGCUUCCCAACGAUGAAAACCCUGAGAGACCACACGAGGACCACACAUGAAGAAAGAAGGCAUCCGUGUUCUGUUUGUGGAGAUUUCUUUAUGUCGUUGGGUUCUCUUAAAGUUCACCAGAAAAUACACACGGGAGAGAAACCCCACCAGUGUUCUGUUUGUGGGAAAUAUUUUGCAUUGUAGUGAUGGGAAGUUCGGCUCUUUUUACAGACUCUGAUCUUUGACUCAUUUAAAUAAAUAAAAUAACUCCUCUUUCGA